AAAGAGGGUAGACUCUGUCAAAGGCACCAAUAUGAGUCAUACUUGGAAUCACAGGCAACAAAGACAAAAACAAGAUGUAGAAGAAGAAGAGGAGAACAAAUACCCCCGCAGCCACAUGCAUAACCAGCAGAAUCAGACUCGUCUUGACACCAUGUCCAAGUGUGAAGUUGCAGAGCUAACAUGGGAAAAUGGGCAACUAGCCAUGCAAAGACUUGGAAGUAACAAUGAGCAAGCAAAACAGAAAUGGGAAAGGGCCAGCGACACACUAGAGUCCUUCGUGCAUCAAGCCACUUUCCAAAAGCAAAAUCAUACUAAUAAUCUAAUGGGAAGUGCCCAAAAUCAGGCAAGCAUCAACAGGGAGAAAAAUGCGUAUUCUUGUGGGGGUCAAUGGGGUGAGACUUCUUCUGCACUGAAGCAACAAACAAGAGUACUAAAGAGGAUGAGAUCAGAUUCUGACCCCCAAUUAUAUGUUGGUGGAAGAUCAGUAGGAGAAUUUAGUAUGAAUAUGAUUGAUCAGCAUGCUGAACUUAGCGCUCGUGCAAGUGCUUGGGACAAUGAUACCACCAUGAUGACAUGGCCUUGUUCCUUUGAAGAAUCUUCUCGCAGUUUUAAGUCUAAAGCCACUUGUAACGAGGAUUUCCCCUUCCAUAGUGGCUCGGAAAAAAAAGAGGAAGAACGUGAAAGAAAAGGCUCCAACCCGUUAAAACGCAGCCGAAAGGCUGCUGUUCAUAACCAGUCAGAGCGGAGACGGCGAGAUAGAAUCAAUGAAAAGAUGAAAGCUCUACAGAAGUUGGUGCCAAAUGCAAGUAAGACAGAUAAAGCAUCAAUGCUGGAGGAAGUGAUAAAGUACUUAAAGCAGCUUCAAGCACAAAUUCAGUUGAUAAACUAUGCUAGAAACAUGGAGCAGCAAAUGAUGAUGAUGCAACCACAUAUUCAAAUGCCAUUACUAGCAAGAAUGGGUAGUCUUAGUCUUGGCAUGAGCAAUGCAGGAAUGCUUAACAAUAUGACUGCUAAUUUAGCUCGAGCUAAUGCUCAGUCUCUUACAGCUCCUCUUAUUUAUAAUCCAACCUCAAUUGCCACUUCUUGUCAUCCCUUCAUGUCACCAGCCUAUGCCGUGGCCUCGACCAUUCCUACUCCACCACAAGCAAAUUAUGGUGAUGCUGCCAGUGCCACAGUCACUAAAGCUGCAGCUGUCCCCAAUAUUGCAACCACUUCAUUCCCUUUUAACAAUUACCCCUAUAGUUCAUUUCCACUUCCACCACAAUCAAUGAAGAUGGAGUUCAAUACUGAGAUGGCAGCCCAGCAUCUGCAGCAGGCCAAUCAAUCUAUGCAGACAAGAACCAGCAAGUUCAACCAGGAAAAUGUGAAUAUGCAAGGGCAAAAAGAAUGAUCAGAAUAUUUUUAUAUGCAGUCUUUUUUCUUACAUUUGAUGCAUCUUAAGUACAGUACAGGGGCACCUAAACUUUUAAGUAUUUCAUAUAUAUGGUAUAAAUUGCGGUAUCGUCUAAGUUUAAUUACUGUGCAAUAUCCUAGCAUAUUGAACUGCUUUUUACUCUUUUUUUUCAUAGUAGACAAGUUUAC